AUGGAACUCCAAGGCCGGGCCGGGGAGUUUCUUCAGGUCAGCAUGCAUCUUGAUAACUUUUGCACCUCGAUUUACAGAAGAUCCAAACAAACAUUACGCAGAAUGGAAACGGCACUGCGAAAGAAGAUCAGAUACCUUUCCCAAUUCUGGCCAUUUUGCACAUUUUACUCGCUUUAGGUAAGUUUACAGAACUUGAUGGGAAAUUUUCUAAAGUUCGAAAAACUGAAAUUCAGAAAAGAAGGACCUCUUUUGCUCAUCUUAAAAAUAAUACGCUUUCCGAUCAUAAAGUGAAGUUUUUCAGCAACACUCGUUGUUUUCUUCCUUCAAGAUGAGAUGCACGUCGCUGAACUAGAAGGCGGAGCGGACGAACAUUUACAUCAGGAGGACGUCUCCGAAGACGAUGCCUACUUGGACGACCAGGACGAAUUCUUCGAUGACGACGACUGGUAA